AUGCGUCUCAGCGUAGCUCUCGGUGUCAUUGCAGCUUUAGCAGCACAAGCCAGCGCCCAAUUGGGUCCAUUAGGCGCUCUUACUGAUGCACUUGGUGGAUUGGUCCCAGGUAUGGACUCAGCAUCCCCAGCUGCACCUGCAGUUACACCAACACCAACAUCAACCAGCUCAAUGACUUCACCUUCAUCCACCGCUACUUCCACAUCCUCGUCCGCAUCUUCGAGCAGCUCUGCUAUGGCAUCGCCAUCUGCUCAAGCUGCUGCUCAAGAAGCUAAAAAGGCUGAGCCUGAUGUCACCAAGGAUGAAGAAGGCAGCGAUGUUACGACUGCUGAAAUGAAUCCAGAGCAAGAUAUGCAGCAGCAGGAAGAGCAAGAAGAAGUGAUGCAGCCUGAAGAACAGGAGAUGCAACAAGAGGAAAUGCAACCUGAAGAACAAGAGAUGGCACAAGAUGAGCAACCACAAAUGAUGGAACAAUCACAAGAUGAGCAACCAAUGAUGGAACAGCCACAAGAGCAAGAACAAGAAGAAGGUGAGGAACAGUCACAAGAAGAGCAAGGAUCAAUGAUGCCAGCUGAGGAACAACAACAAAUGGAUCAAUCUCAAGAACAGGCUGAGGAACAGCAAAUGAUGGAGCAACCACAAGAGGAAGAUCAACAAGAGCAAACCGAAGCUCCAAUGAUGGAGCAACAACAAGAAAUGGACUCUCAAGAGGAUAGUCAGCAAGCCCAAAGACGCAACCCAUCUGUUAAGAGAAGUCCACCAGGAUACAGAAAGGUCUAA